AUGGCUCUAUCCGAAGGCUAUGGCCCUGCAGAAGUGAAACGGGAACACUAUCUACAGUGGAAUACUGUGGCAGGUCGGAAGCCUGUCUCCAAACCACCAAGAAAAAGUGAACUUUCAAGCUCAGACUCCUACGUGAAGACUCCUUACCAGCCCCCAAAGCCUCUGCGUAUCGAGCUAUCUGCUUUGAAAUCCGCCCAUUGCGACACCCAGACAAUAUCAUCAUCUACCACAGAUUCCACUGCUCACCAGACACUGGACGACGCAAUACAAACUCUCAAGCAGGAACGAGUGUACAGCUUUGAGGUGGCUGGGAUGCGCAAGACUGCUGCGCGUGCUCCAUAUGCUACUAUUUGA